AUGGUCGAGAAAAAAGUACCAGCCGCUCGUGUAGGAGCAGCGCGUCUGUCGGGUGCGAUGCGAGCAGGGGCUCUGUCGGCGCUCGAGGAGUGCGGCGACGCGCUGGCCAUUUACCGACGCGUCCUCGAGAAACGAGCUCCCGGUUUGACGACUACGGUGAGGACACACUGCUACCGCAUGGAAGUGGGAAACACGAAUCAUCCUGCCUUCGAAAUGGCCACGGAGGAAUCUAAUUUCGAAAAACUGAAACAGGACAGUCAGUGGCUGGAGCAGCUACUCAACUCCGCGAAGGAAUCUCUAGUUCUCGAAGGCAACCUCGGCAUCCUGAUCGACGAGGUCGAGAAGAAGCUGGCCACUCGAGCCGAGGAAGCCGAGCUCUUGGCGAGGGCACGAGGACUGUUGGACAAGUUUCACCAGAUGCGCCGAAACGUGGCGAAGGAGAGGGAAGAGCGCGCCAAGGAGGACAGACUUUGUAAAGCCGAAUUGUUGAGGCUACGCAACGAAAAGGAGCGGCUCGGCGUGUUGUCGGGCCGCGAGUCCGAAUACGUGGAUGCCUGGCUGGACUCGCGUCAGGAGCAACGGAGCCUUGAAGCAGAAAUCACCCGUCACCGACUAACGGAGGGACUACGGCUCUGCGAGGCGCGCGAAAGCAACGAGCGACUCGUCACUCGCGAGCUCAGUGCCUUCAUUCGCCUCAGCAUCGAGGAGAACGAAAAGGCAGCGGCAACGUGGACUGAGCGCAAAUCGGCCGAGACGAAGCAGUACGAGCGCGAGAUCUACAAGCUGCGCGAGGAGAUCGAGAGGAAGCGCUCGGCUCUCGAGGAGCUUCGUCGCGAGUACUGCAGCAGACGGGACUUCAUCGACAGUUGCCUGGCGGAACAAGAGGCAGAGCGCCGCAGAGCCGAGCUCGAGGAGCACCGGCGCUGUCGAGCGAUCGAGAUACAGGCGUGGUGGCGGGGUGUCAUGGUACGCCGGAAACUCGGCCCCUACCGUCCCGAGGAGAAGCGUCGCAAGCGCCCGAAGAAGUAA